GACUUCUAAAGGUCGAAUGCGACAGAGACCAUCGUCCAAAUUUCUUAGAGAUCUCCCAACGAUCGACCCGCUGGCGGAUGAACCACAAGGAGCAGAAGCAACGCAGACCAGUGAUGCUAAAAAAGAAUCAGAUGAAAAGAUGCCCGUAUUCAGUGAUGAUGAUGAUGAGUUCGAUUUUUCCGACGUUUCAACUUUCUCGGAAGAGGAAGCAGAAGACUUUACGGAUUCAAAGAAAAAAAGUUUCUACUUUCCGUUUCUUGGCGAGUUCACGAUUCUAAACUUUACAGAGAACUUUAGAUUCUCGUAUUUUGCUGUGCCUGGCUACGUGAAGGAUCAUAACCAGAAAGUAAAAAAGGGGAUACUCAAACUGCCGGUCAUUAGUGAGAAAAAAAAUGAAAAAACUAAACCCAGACAGCCGAAAGAGAAGAAGAGAAACAACCUGCUUAAGCGUAUAGAAAAGCUUAACCAGAUGGGGACAGAAUGACAGACCUGUAAUAGUUCUAUGCUCUUAUUAUUCAAAUAUCUGUAACUCAUGUAUGAGUUGGUGGUGUUAGUUUCAUAGUUUGUGCUUCAAAUUACAUUC